UGUAGUCAGUAGCUUCUUUUCUUUCGCUAGUGGUGGUUUGUGAAAUGUUGUUGAUUAAGCGGAGCCUUGUUUUUAUCGAAUGUUUAACAGAUUAGAAUGAUUUUAGUGUUAAGUGAAUCUAUAUUUUUAUACGUAAAUUUAUAAUAAUAAUUUGUUGAACUUACAAUAACGUGUUAUAAACAAGCAAUUGAUAGUAGAUAACAGUCUUAUAGGACUUUAGUGUAAGAAUGUCUUUACCUAAUAAUACAGAUACAACUUCAGAGACUGAAUGGCUCGAAGAUUUACUCCAUGAAGUGCAGCUCGAACAAUUUCUCGAACGAAUACGUGAUGAACUCCAAGUUACACGUUUAGCACAUUUCGAUUAUGUGCAACCAGAAGAUUUGGAACGUUGUGGGCUUGGCAAGCCAGCUAUACGUCGCCUAAUGGAGGCUGUACGUAAAAAAAAAGCACAUCAAUGGCGAAAAAAUAUACUCAGUAAAUUAAUUGGUGGUGGUAAGCAGCCAUCCUCCAAAAAGUCUGCCAGUUCAAACAAUAAAGAACAACAGAACACACAACUCACGUGUUUGAUACAUGAAAAGGAUAUAACGCUUGGUAUUAAAUUGGGUGAUGGUUCAUUUGGUGUAGUGCGACGUGGCGAAUGGAAUACGGCACCAAAUGGCAAAGUAUUGCCAGUGGCUGUGAAGGUGCUUAAAUCUGAUAAUCUUACACAACCGGGUAUUAUUGAUGAUUUCUUUCGUGAAGUGCAAGCUAUGCAUGCUUUAGACCAUUCAAAUUUAGUACGCCUAUAUGGUGUGGUCCUCUCACAACCCAUGAUGAUGAUAACAGAGUUAGCCGAACGCGGCUCUUUGCUGGAUACUCUACGAAAACAAUGUAAGCACACUCCGCUCACCAAUAUAUGGAACUGGUCUGUGCAAAUUGCUACUGGUAUGGCGUAUUUAGAACAAAAACGUUUUUUGCACCGAGAUUUGGCAUGCCGAAAUGUCCUACUUGCCUCUGGAAAUAAAAUUAAAAUCGGUGAUUUCGGUUUGAUGCGAGCACUGCCACAGGAGGAUGAUUGUUAUGUUAUGUCAGAACAUAAGAAAGUACCGUUUCCUUGGUGUGCACCAGAAUCUUUGCGUUUUCGGCAAUUUUCACAUGCAUCCGAUACGUGGAUGUUUGGUGUUACCUUGUGGGAAAUGUUUUCUUUUGGUGAAGAUCCUUGGGUUGGUUUAAAUGGUUCACAAAUCCUACGAAAAAUUGAUCGUGAAGGUGAGCGUUUACACCAUCCUGAUGCCUGUCCCCCAGAUGUUUAUGAAAUGAUGCUGCAAUGUUGGGAGAAAACGCCAUCAGAACGACCCACCUUUGCUGCAUUAAAAGAGUUCCUUGUGGGCAUGUCACCACCUCUGCUAAAAUCUGCCCGUUCUUAUCAUGAAACCAAUCGUUUGCAAAUCGAAUUAGGUGAUACUAUUGCUAUCAUUGAUGGAAGACCUGAGUUGAAGUUGGUGAAGGGUCAAAAUCAGCGCACAUUUGAAAUUGGCGUAUUUUUACGUAGUGUGCUAGAGAAACAGAAACAUACAAACAGUGAUUUGAUGCGUUCUCAACAUGAAGGACUGAGGCAAACCGGACACGCUGGUUCGCCUUUUGGUUUUUGUUGGGGUGGUGCAGGUGCCAUCAGCGCUCAUAAUGAUAUUCAAGCAGAGCGCAACCGCAAAUGUAACUCACUGCAAAUUCAAAACAUGCAAGUUCAUCAUGCUAAAGAAAGAAAAUCAAUUACAAAUAAACAAUUUGCCUAUAAUAAACUUGUAAAUGAACGCGGUAUUGAAGUAAAACAAGCGCAGCUUUCCAAAGCGGGUAGCAAAGCAAAACAUAAGCAAGGGCCACAACGGCCACCUCCACCUCAGCAACAACAGGAAGGCAUAUUAAUAGAUAUUUCGCCUGAAUUUGGUGGAACUGGGUCACCACCUGCCCCACUUAUGCAUUUAGGUGAAAGCACGUCUUUAAAAAUGGAUAGUUCCUUUUGUAUACUUGAUGCACCUAUCGAUGUCCCUACAGAAGGUGAAGAAUUCAGCAGCAAUGAGCCGCAAACGCCUUCACCUUUGUUGCCACACCAAUUUCAGUUCGGUAAUUCACCCUCUCGUUUGCAACCGCCACCCUACCAAAUGCCACCAACUUAUUCUAACACAAUGGAAUUCGCACUACAGCAACAACAAAACCAACAGCAACAACAACGAGAUCCUUUUGAUACCAGCAGCUUAGAUGUUACUAAACUUAACAUAUUGCAAAGCAGUAGUAGCGAGAUACCUCUAUACUCAAAUGUAAACAAACAACAACAGUCAGAAAAACAAGAAACUCCGCUAAGAAAUGUAACAACAAAUUCAAACUAUAACAGCCCUACUGUAAGAAGGAGUCUUUUUGGUGCUUCAUCGCUGUCACUAGGAAACAAAGAAAAUAUACCAGAACAAUUAGCUGAUGAAAACAACAGUUCUGUUGCAUUGAAUACUGAAGUGACUAAAAACGAUGAUUCUAUCCAUAUAAAUAUGAGCGAUAACAGUGUAGAAAAAUGCGGUGUACAAACAGAAAAAGUAUUGCUCGAUAAAUCUUUCAUAGCAGAGCUUGAAAAGGAUAUGUACAGUAACAAAGGACAAAAUGACUAUGAACGUAACUCUGCACAAAUGUACGUGAAUAAGGAAAUUAUUUACAAGCAAAAUUUAACACCACUUAAAAACUCGACAGUAAACUCGAAUCUCUCAAGUCCAACAUCGAAUAAUGUAUCUCCAAAAAUGAAAAAUCUCGAACAACAGCAACAACUAUCAUUAGGUGCAACCGCCAGUUCUACAACAAACGCAUUAGAAAUGCGUAACAGUAUUUAUCUAAGUCAAGAGGCACAUAAGCAAAAUAAUUUAGAAGCAGCGUCUGUAUCGACAGCAGUAAAUCCCACACAAAGUGCGGUCAAUCGCAUUUGGUAUGAGCAUAUUGCGGGUCAAUCAGUGUAUUAUGCUCAACCCCCCGAAGAUAUAUAUCAAAAUCAAAGCAGCUUACAACAGAUUUCAUCAAUACAAAAUCAUGGAUUUGUAGCCGUUUCAAAUCGUGUUGUACCUCCUAAAACACAAAAUCAGCAACUAUAUGCUACGGCUGGUUCAGUGUAUGGAAGUAUUGCUGGGCGUGAAAUGUAUGAUUCAGUUGCACCAACACCAUCUACUUAUUAUGGACAAAUCCCUUUGAAUGCUGCCACUGCCAAUGGGAUUUACACAAACGGUACGCUUACAAAUACUCAAAAUCCCGCAAUUUAUGACGAAGUAACAGCUGAUGAUUAUUUGCGACCUCAUCGUCCCGCACCAUUAGCACCCCCACAACUGUCGGCACAACAAAUACAAAGGCGUUUAGAAAAAUUACAACAGCAGGAUGGCGCCAAUAAUUUGUAUGCACCUGUACCAACCGAUUUUGGUCGCGAAAAUGAUAAAAUACAACAGAUAAUACGUGACCUAGGUUCAACAGCAGCUGAGUUAGAUGUACGCAAUGCUCUACGAGCGGCAAAUGGAGACGCCAAUUUAGCUAUAAGGCAUUACAAAAUUGAUCAACUAUCAAGACUUGGUUUGGCCAAUCGUCCACAAUGUGAGCAGGCAUUGCAACAAACUGGCUGGAGUCUAGAACUUGCCGCAGCAGUGUUACUCGAAACUACUUCAUAAAAAAUUAUUAUUUAUUUCCAUUUCGUCAUUCCAAUAAGAACGAUCGAGUUAAUUAAGACGAUUUCAUCUAAAUGCAUAUUACCAUGCACACUCUAAAGAAUUUUUUUAAAUGAUUUCAGAUAAAACAACGUAAGGAACAUAUUGUUCCUUCGCCUUCAUAUAUUGAUCCUCUCAAUGUUUCAGAAAACAUUUCGCCACCGUUUGACAACUGAACUCCACUUAAACUCUAAUUAGGUAUUCUACGUGGCGCAUUGUGAGCAACACAAUACAAAAUGUUGUAGCGGAAACGGAACAGUGUGCUCGCUUCAUAAUAGGAUUCAAAAUUUAACAUUAGUAUUAAAAAUAAUCACAGAUCGUCGGAAAUAUUUUUAGAUACUUAAAAAAUUAGAUUUCUCUGAAUUGUCAAUUCAUAAGUAUCUUACUUAUCUUAAUGACAUAUGUAUAAUUAACAUUUAUGUAACCGUCCCUCAGCGAUAGAGUAAUAUGUUUUCUAUUUAUGAAUUCAGUUAUUCUUUAAAUGAACAGUUUUAAAUGAAACAGUUUUGUAUU